AUGGCCAAAUCCGUUCUCUUUGUAUGCUUUGGCAACAUAUGUAGAUCAACUAUGGCUGAGGCACUAUUUAAAGAUUACCUGAGCCGACAAGGAGAGGCAGACCAGUGGAACGUUGACAGUGCAGGUCAUGGAAAAUGGCACCUGGGGGAGCAGCCAGAGCCCCGGACAUUACAAGUGCUGGAGGAGCAUGGGAUCAAGGGAUACACCCACACAGCGAGAUUGGUCACACCUGAAGAUUUCAACAAAUAUGAUUAUAUACUUGGGAUGGACGACUAUAAUCUAAGGAACCUAAAUGCCAUGAAACCUGAAGGGAGUAAAUGCCAGAUCCAGGCUCUAGGUUCAUUUGAUCCCUUGGGUGAAAAGACGAUACAAGAUCCUUAUUUUGCUGAAUCGAUCCAAGAUUAUGAAGAUGUUUUUGAGCAAUGCCAGAGGUGUUGUAAGGGAUUCCUAGAGCAAGUCAAACAGCCAGAAUCCUCCAAUUAG